CCCGACCUUUGCUCGCGACUUUGCCAGGUUCAGGUUGUGGUGAUGAGCAAUGUUUUGAAGCACAAGAAUCUGCACGGGACGGGAGUUAUUUACGUGUCAUCUGUGACUUCGGCCAGCAGCGCCAGCAGCAGCACGAGCAGCAGCUGCAGCCUGCCCAGUGAAAAGGAUUCUUCGGUGGUGGAAUUUGCAUGGGUACACGGGGCAGCGAGUGCCAUCUUCGCUAGGGCACAUCAGCACAGGGAUAAAGCACCACAAAAAAAAGAAACAACCAAUCCUUUCCAUUCCAUCCAUCAUUUCCUGCAAACUUCACCUGCCUACCUACCGCGUACCCACCACCAUCCUGCCCCCUCCCAGGCAGAGCAAAUCCAAUUUUCAGUUCCGUUGCCAUUUCGUACAUUUUUUGGAGUAUUCGGUGUAAAGCCAGCCAGUGCAGCAGUUUCUGGUGUGUGUCUGGAAAGAAAGCGGGAACGCUAACGAAAAGCAGUCCGGAACUCAAACCCGUGUAGCAAAUUAUGAAACCUGCAUUAUCAGCGGCAUAUGGCACUAGCAUCAAUCGACGUAAAGUUCCCAACUCUCGACGCCCGCGGAACUAGUGGCACAUGCAUAAUCUGUCCGCGACCGUACCCGAUCACAUCCGGUAAGAAAAACGGCCCACAAAAACGAGAAAAAUAGGAGUUGCCAUCAUACUGUUACGAGCCCCGGGGAAAUGCUACCGACAAUGAGGCACCACCACUACCACCCCUACUACUACUACCACGACGCCACGGCGUUACCCUGGAAACGGUUAACAACGCGGUGGGUGCUUUGUUGGAUGGUGUUGGCCGUGUUUGCCGAGCGUAUCUCUUCGACCGGCGGCGAUCCGGAGACCACGCUGCUGGUACGCGACGGUACCGGAAUUCAUUAUGCCGCCCUGUCCGGACCGAGCGGAAUGGCAGCGGAAAUGUUGAAAGCACAUCCGGCCGGUUCGUUCUCGGUCGAUGACGGGUCCCAGCCCGUGUUUCCGGACCGGCCGGAUGCCGUGUACUUCGCGGUGGCAGUUACCGGCGGUGCGAAGCUGUGGGGCCGCACGUUAGCUCGCACGCUGAUCGAUAUGGGACCACCGUUCGGAAAUCCGCAAGGGCCACCGCUGCGGCCGAUCUACAUCAACCUGCCGGACAGUGGGCGCUUCUCGUCGAAACUGAUGACGACGGCGUGCGAUGCAAUCGACGGUAUGCCGCUGGCCGGGAUGGUGAUUGUGGGCGAUAGUUCGGCGGCGAAAUCGCUCGCCCUGGCUGGCAACGCGAUGAAGGUGCCGGUUCUGUGGGCGAAGGGAGGCAUUGCGUCGCUGCAUAACUCCUACGAUGAGCUCUCAACCAAAUUACAAGCAAUACUGCAGCCAUCCUCUAGGGAAAUUUUUGAAGCCAUUAGAGCAACCUUUUUACAAGUUCACUGGCAUUCAUACCAUAUUCUGUGCGAUGUCGAUACGUACGUUCUUAUCAGUGGCAAGAAGGGUACUCCACUGCGCCAGAAACCACUGAAUCCGAUUAUCGUUACGCUACCGACGAACUUUGAUUUAAUUUACAAGAAACUAGCGUACAUUUCACGAUCCACCAAGGGCGUCGUGUUGGUGCUGUGCAAUCUGAAGGUGGCACGUCUCAUAAUGGCCGAAGCACAGCGCAUGAAGAUGCUGAACGGUCACUUUGUGUGGCUCUGGAUGGAUACAACGUCGGCGACCGAGUUUUACGACUCAGGGCAACCGUCCUACGACUCCAAGCAGCCGCUCGACGUAGGCGUUGGCCUUGGAGGACGGAGCGAGCUGGAGACCGACUUUUACGACACGUUCGAUAUGCGGCAUCAGUCCCAUCUGGCCGAUCUCGUCGAGCGAAGGAUGGAAUUUGAGGAUUUUGAUCCACGGCGCAAAAAUCGAACCCGUUCGUAUCUGGAUGGUCAAGCGGUUCGGUUCGGUAGUGCGGCGCUGGUAAAUCCCAAACCGGACAGUACGGGUGAUGGUUCGUCGGGUGCCGCGAAACACGGCAAAAACCGUCGACCGGCGGAAAAGUCUAAAAACGGUCGUAAAAAUACGGCCAACAAUAACACGGUAGUUAAUGUGGCCCGGCGAACGGAACGAUUCGAAGAACUGACGGCCGAUUCGGACGAGUUUGAAGACUUUGACGAUGAGCGCACGUUGCCACUGAGCGGGAUGAACUCCGAGGAUGAGCAGUAUCCAAUGCCGGCCGGUUCCGAUGGAACGUCGGAGAUGAAGCUGAAGCGUAGCAGCGAGUACCUGAAGCUGCACAACACCUCCGGCCACGUGCUGUUCCACCACAACCAAGACUUCCCGGUGGGGUUGCUUGCGCUGCGCCCGAUCAAGAUGAAAAUUGAUCGUCAUUUUAUACGUGCCGCCGUACGAUUGUUUGCGGCAACAUGGGCCAAAGUCGAGCGGGACGAUGCACCGGCGGUGGGAAAGGGUGGGCGACCGGCGGGACGUGAUGGCCCGGGACCGACCCAGCGUGGAAACACGCAGGACCAAUCGAAAGUUCCCCGAGGGCAGCAGCGGCCGGUGCAGAUGCAACAGAAACGCUCCGUAACGGUGCGCCCGGACACGGUCCCAACCGGCCCGGAGGGAGAUACAGUUUUAACAUUACCAGUAACAGUGCAAAUACGCAACAAAGUGUUCACGAGCCCUAGUUUAUUGGGCCAGCAGCAGCGGCAGCAGCAGCGAGCGGAGGACGAACCGUCACAAACGACCCCGCCGCACGGAACGAACGAUAUUAUUUCGCCUAUAAGCAAUAGUAGUGCAAACUUACGUGAUGUCAGUAGUACAAAUAGUUCUAGAGUUAAGCGUCAAAGCACCUGGUGGUCAGCGACCACGAAUCACAAAUACAACCCGGAGCGGGGUGGCAGUGACCGCAGUCGAGGCAGUGGUCGCGGGGGAGCUACACGGUACAAGGGAGGUUGCAUGGGUACAAUUAAUCGUGCCGAGCAGGCCAAGGCCUUCAAUUUUGCCAAAUGCCCGCAAGCGCUGUCCGGAUUUCCGAUAGCGAGCGGGUUUAUCGAAAAGUCGCUGGUUAGCCACUUCGAAAUGCUGAACCUCGUGCCGACAGCGAGACAAUCAUCAUCAACACCAAAGGGAGAUUACCCCAGUGGAGAUCGGGGAGAAGGUGGACGAUCGGUUAACGGGACGGCAGCAAGUGGGAUGGGUAAUACGGCUGGAACCGGUGCCGCGACGAAGUGGCGCCGUGUGGGACUGAUCACGGGACGUUCGGUGCAUCUGGAUACGAUCAUAUGGCCCGGUGGAGAUGUAACAGUGUCCGGGCUAGCUGGCAAAGCGAAAACCAUGUUCCGGGUGGUGGUUUCUGUCGCGCCACCGUUUGUGAUGGAGUCUCCCGUGAACGAGGAAAGCCAGUGUUUGCGGGGUUUAAUCUGCUACCAGAUAUACACCACCGGACGACACAAUCUGACGCUGAUGUUUAACGAAAUUGAGCGUCGCAAUCGGUUGCGGGAAAUCAAUCAAUCGCCCAACCACUACCAGGAGGAGCAGCAUCAGAAGUAUCCGCUGUAUCGAACACGCUGUUGUUACGGCCUAUCGAUGGAUUUGCUGCAGAAACUGGCCACGGAGAUCAACUUCGACUUUCAUCUGUACAUCGUGCACGAUGGACUGUUCGGGCGGCGUGUACCACCACCGGCCGAACCAUCGGAACCAGCACCAAGGAAGCCAACGCUACCAAUUAAUGUAGAAUCAAAAUCAAAGUUUGACGCACAAUCGGGAAGAAGCUUAAAACGAGGAUCGAAGUUGAAGCAUUCACAGGCCGGCAUGAACGCUACCAGAGAGGAAAUGCCACCCUAUCCGUUUGAAUUCUCGACCGCACCACCAGUGCGCACCCGGCAACAGUGGAACGGUGUGAUUGGUGAUCUCAUAUCCGGCACAGCCGAUCUUUCCUUUGCACCGCUAAGUGUGUCGAAGGCACGUUCGGAGGUGAUCGAUUUUACGAUACCAUACUUCCACGGUGGUGUAUCGCUGCUGGCCGCACCGGAAGCGGCCACCGACAUACCUUUGCUAGCGUUUCUGCUGCCCUUCUCGCCAGAGCUCUGGAUAGCCAUCUUUACCUCGCUGAACGUUACCGCCGUGGCGGUGGCGAUCUACGAAUGGUUGAGUCCGUUCGGGUUGAAUCCGUGGGGCCGGCAGCGGAGCAAAAACUUUAGCAUGUCGUCGGCGCUUUGGGUAAUGUGGGGCCUGCUGUGUGGACAUCUGGUCGCCUUCAAGGCACCGAAAUCGUGGCCCAACAAAUUCCUCAUCAACGUGUGGGGUGGCUUCAGCGUAAUAUUCAUUGCCUCGUACACUGCCAACAUUGCGGCGCUGAUUGCGGGUUUGCUGUUCCAUAACGAGGCAAAAUACUACGAAAUGUCGAUGCUGACGCAACGCGUUGGUUCACCGAUCGCUACGGCAGCCGAAUCGUACGUCCAGCAGAACGACAAACGACUCUGGGAACACAUGAAAAAGUAUCAGCUGCAGAGCAUCGACGAAGGCAUCGAACGACUAAAGAACCGCACGAUCGAUCUGCUGAUGUGUGAUACGCCCAUACUGGAUUACUACCGUGGUACUGACCAAAGUUGCUCCCUGCAGCGAAUAGGGGAUAACUAUAUUGAAGAUUCUUAUGCGAUAGGCAUGUCCAAAGGGUUCCCGCUGAAGAAAACCAUGUCGGCUCUGAUCUCGAAGUACUCCAACGAUGGCUAUCUGGACAUACUGACAGCAAAGUGGUACGGCGAUCUGCCCUGCUUUAGGCUGGACCGCGAAAUGGCACAACCGAAACCGCUGGGCGUAACGGCCGUGGCCGGCGUCUUCCUGCUUCUGGGCGUCGGUAUGGUGCUCGGUGUGCUGAUCCUUAUCAUCGAGCACGUGUUCUACAAGUACACGCUCCCGAUACUACGCCACCAGCCGAAGGACACCAUCUGGAAGAGCCGUAACAUCAUGUUCUUCAGCCAGAAGCUGUACCGGUUCAUCAACUGCGUGGAGCUAGUGUCACCGCACCAUGCGGCCAAGGAGCUGGUGCAUACGAUCCGCCAGGGACAGAUUACCAGUCUGUUCCAGAAGAGCGUCAAACGGAAGGAGGAUGAGCAGAGACGCCGGCGCAAGAGCAAGGCCCAGUUUUUCGAGAUGAUUCAGGAAAUACGCAGAAACAUCAAACUCGACAGGGUGCAGCUGGACACGGACGUGGACGCAUCGCUGUCGGCAACGUCGGAAAGCACCUCGCAGGCACUGCUGCCCGAGGUUCAUCCGGCCGGUUCGCGCUCUGUCAGCGUCCGCCUCCACCAGUCGGGGCCAGUCCGGGCCGUUUAUCGCGGGCCGGAUUCGGGUUUGGCAAAGUCCCGGGAUGGAGGCAGCAAAAGUUCGUCCUUCUCAUCCUCGCUCAAUGUGCGCCGGUUUAGCACGGACAGCAUCAUCAGCGAACGGCUUGGGACGAUUGGUCGGCGGCUGAGUCGGGAUGCAGCAACGAGCUCACCACCGGACCUGUCCCAUCACUUCGAAACGUUCGGUAAGGGUAGCUCGGCCGAGCCCGGAUCAAGCUCCAAGUUCGACACAUACUCGGGUAAGAACAAUAGCAAAGAGAGCGUGUCCGUGUUCAAGUGUGACACGUUCAAUGGUAAGCUAACGCCUGCCGGUGGAUUAGACACGAUAGACACGGGCCGUGAUGCUGGCGCGGAAGGGCGCGUUAAACCAGACGGUGAGGAAAAGCCUAUCCUACCGGCCAAGACCAAAAAGCGUUCGCGCCGCUCACCGCUUAACCUCGAACUGUACGAAACGGGCCGCCGGCGGCUUAUUCCCAUCAAUGAACGGGUAGCGCAAGGACUUGCACCUCCCUUUCUCGAGGCCGACACUGGCAGUGCCAUGUUGCGCGACAAGCUACACGAAGAAUUGCGUCUCAAGUAUGGACAAACGCGGUGGAAGAGCUCACAGGCAGAGGACGUGAUCGUUACAGUGUCGUCGGGCGAUACGGGGAACCACAACGGAGUCAAACCAAAGCGGCCCAGCCGCCGUACUUAGUAGAAAACUGUAACAAAAACUGCAAACACCAAGCUAACAUAACUCGUUUUAGGCAGCGUAGAGGAGGGCAUUUGGGCGAUCACGUUUAGAACGGUUCGAUCUCCAACUUGUCACUCCACUCUAUCUAUAUAUCCUCUAAUCGAUCGACUAGCGACUACUCGGGUAUCGGAAGGUGAUACGAAACUCCAAAACUUUAGCACCUGAUAACAAAGGAACCUGAAAUGGGAUUUUUACGCAAAACGUGUAUAGAAAAUUUGUCCCACGAAGGGGACGUGUAGAAAGAUCUCCAUUUUCUACCGCAGAACGCAGACUUCAUUACUUGCAAUGGAGACCCGGAGCAAACUGUAGCAGCUACUGCCAGUUGCGUAUUGUGUACGUAUCCCUCUCAGUGAUCUAAAAUGGAUGCAUUUAGAAAAAGUUUUUCAGUUAUCCGGUCUGCGCCCUCAGAGAGUUGGAAGACACAAAAAAAAACGCACACACAAACUCACACAUCGUAACGAAGCAAACAAACAAACGACAAGGACAAAGGCCUGGUGUUAGGAACAUUUCUUCUAUCUGUCCGAUGGCAGCAUUAUCUGUGUCUCUAGGAGUGCCUACUUUAAAUAUAAAUCUCGUUAGCUAGCCUUCUCCUGUGUUCAGUGGACGUUAGGUUAUUCUACCGAUGUGACAUAUGCGGGGCACCAUUCGGUUUUGCAGUAGCUAAGCUGGGGGGUGAGUGAGCUGUUGGCUUACCAAUGGUUCGUUUCUUGGGUUUGCCACGCCUGAAAGUAUGCAUGGGUUUGUUGGUAGGAAAGUUGACAAGUUUACGAUAGAAAAAAAGUAUAUUUUGCAUUCUUUCAGGCGCUAGGCGAGAUCAAAGUUUCAACCCAGCAGUGAGUUGUUGGCUCGCCGAUGGAUCGUUUCUUGGGUUCACAACGCCUAAAACUAUGCAAGAGUAUGUUAGUUGAUGCUUGUUUGAGGGAAGGUAGGCCAGUUGGAUGGAUGAACGAUAGGAAAAAAACCUAUAUCUUGCAUACUUUCAGGCGUCAGACAUUAUACCAAAGAUAGAGCCCAAAUCGGUGAACGUUUUGCAAGGAAAACAAGAAGCCCCGUUACAAACUAUACAUGAUUUGUCGACCUAAUAUAGUAAUUGAUGUCUUCUGUAGAAACUUGGGAGUGUGCUAAGAGCAUGCGUGCAUGUGCGUGUAUGUGUGUGUGUGAGAGAGAGAAUGAGUGUGUGUGAGAGAGAGAGAUAGAAGAGGUAAACGAACGAAACGAUUCGAGCCGCUCGAACGAACAGACACGAUCGCGUGUUAAACUCUACGUUUUACCGUAACUUUUAUUUACGUAUGUGCCGUACCGUAUUGUGGAAAAGGGUGCUUAAGCUAUAAAAGGUGAACAUAGAACAUGUGUGGUCCAAUUUCAAAAAGCAAUUGCAAUUGUUCUUUAUCGCGAUUUCUUCUAUUACUAUGAUGCACACGGCGUUAAUCGCCAUAAAUGUACAAUUUUACUGACAAAAAGGCGGGUUCAUGAUGUAUGUGAGGACACAAAAUUUGCCAUUCGAAGCUACUUCUGUUUCGUUUUAUGAUCACGUUUAGUUUUCAAACAAGCUCAGCUCAGUCAUUUUUCUUUUAAAAAAACUAAAACAGAUGCAGCGACGUGACGGUAAGAUGGCAGCAGCGCGACAGUGGAAGCAAAUAGACUUAAAAACGAAGCAAACAGUACACUAAACAUCAAGAAAUGGUCUGAAUUAUAAGUUCUACGAAUUAGGUGAAUCAAAACCAAUAACAAUACUAUAUUUAAACGCUAAGCUAGCUUUAAGAUGAGAAACCAAACAAAUAGAUUAGUAAAUAGUGUAAAGCCGAGCGAAACAAACGACUACUCGGCACCUGUGCACGAUGACAUGUACAUUCAAACUAGUGAGAACCCGUAAAGUACGUGCAUCGUGUCACUGUGUCCUUAAGUUGAGUUCAACUGUUGGUCGGUUCCUAGCGAUCGAUUGGUUAAAAAAACUGUUACAAAAAUUGACGCAACAUUCUACAAACGAGCAACAGAAUCUAUUUUAGCGAUGAGUUUCUUCUCAAGCAUUAGUUACAAGAUGAUGUUCUCUAUACGAAAAAAAACAAAUUGAGAAGAAAAAAAACAAAACAAAGGCGAAAUCAUACAGUUUUUUAAAUCGAAUUUCAAAAAACAUCAACCAAUCUAUUAGUACGAAAGUGUUGCAAAUGCGACACAGAUCGAAAGUGGAAAGGAAAGAAGAAAACAUCUCUUACAAACAAACGCCAAAUAUAUUAAUUAGUAUGCAGCAAAAGAGGAGUGGAACGGAAUAUUAUAUCGUCUAUUUAAGAGUUGUCGUAAUUUGAAGAGAAGAGGACAAAACGUCUAGUUUAGAGAGAAACUAACGAGUAGUUGUGUAUUUGUUUUGCGAUAUUUUCGAUUGUAGUAGAAACAUUGAAAAAAGUUAAGGAAAAUGUAAAGAAAGGAAAGCAAAAAAAAGCAACCGAGCAGAAAGACAAGAAAACGAUAGCAAAUAUUAAGAAGAGAAAAAAAACAACUAAAAAAACUCCAGCACACUACCAAUAGAUUUGUAGAAUUUGGAAUUACAAGACUAGAUGAGCAAGCAAGAGUAUAUAGCGUUAUAGGUAUAAAUAUACAUAUAUAUAUACAUCUUGACACACGCACACCAACACACUUUGAAUACGUACAAGAAAAACAACUCUUUUAAAAGCGAAACUUCUCUCACACACACACACACACACAUCAAACACGCACACACAGACGUACAUGUGCUGCAUGUGGGGUGAUGGAAAUCUUAUGAUACACCAAAACAAUCUUAUUUCGUGUGGCACACUUUACCUCCAACAAUUGCCUAUCAUUUUAUUCCCUGAGAAGAAGGAGAAGAAGCCCGCACGGAUUCGGGCUGGCCGCAGCUGCUGGAAGGAUGCUAAGCCGGUGGGAAAAAGAUGUCUUUUAGCAGAGACUAUCGUUAGUCGCGGUGUUUAAUAUUUAAAGAGAAAGAGAUAAAGAGAGAGCGAGGGAGAGAGCCACUUCGUUUGUACUGCAAGGUUCCUUAGACAGAAUGAUAGAUUAGUAUACCUGUGUUCCCACCCUGUUAGUAUACCUGUUACUUUUUCUGUGAUGCGUUUUUAUACUAAUUUAGAACAAAAAAAACACUCACCAACACACCUACACACACACACACCACUAUAAGUGCCAAAAGCGUCUACGAGUUUAUGUACGUACGAUCAUCUUUCAUCAGCGAUGGAUCUAUUUGUAAAAGAAAGCAACCAAAAGCAUAGUCCUCAGAUUCCAGAUUUUGUCAGCACUCAGACCGUGUGCUCCAGGACGGUACCCUUCCAGCAGCUGUGGCCAGUAGAGUAGUGGCAGUAGCAAAUGUAAAGUGUACUACAAAAAAAAACCCGUUGUCUGUUUUCCACUUUUAAUCGAAGAGAGAACGUUGCCGAGAGUGUAUCGUGCUGAGCACAACCGCAAACAAAAAAAGAAAAAUGAUAUUUACCGCAACAACAACAAAAAACUGUUCGCACAAGAUCGUGUAGUGAUCGCGUAUAUACUUAUACGAUAGGCCAAAUUGUUUAGCCCUCUUUUCCCUUCCCCCUCCCGAGAAUGGGUGUGUUACGAACGAGUUAGAUAGUUUGAAGAGAUGCAGAGUGCUUGCACGAAAAGGUGCAAUAGUGGUAGAAAGAAGUGUUUGGAAAGGAAAAACUAGGACCACAUAUGCUCAAACCGUUCCACAUGGAACAAGGGGCUUGUUGUGUUUACGUUUUAGCACCAUUACUGUUCUCCUCUUGUACUGUUCUAGAUGAAAAUCUGCACACGAGAAAUAUUAUAGUGAAAAGUGAAAAAAAGGGCGCGAAAAUAAAACCGACGUCCGAAAUGUCUGCUCCUCCUCUGUCUGUUAGAGCAGGAAAAGCGAUAGUGUUUCUAUUUACGAUGAAAAGUAGUUUGUUUUUUUUGCUCCACCCAAUUCCGAUUGCGAACGGAUAGAAUAGUGUGAUGAAACACGUUAGCACUUCAUACACGUACAACACAACACAACACACACUGAGACAUACAAAGUACACCGAACACUGAUUCAUUCACAGAGAUAGAAACACUAACGAAACUCUAUAGUAAAGCCAAGAAACAAAACUAUAUAUAUUUGUAGAUAAGAAACUGUUAUCUUACCAAAAAUAAAAUCGGAAACGUCCAUUGAAUCGCAUUGGAGA